UGAUUUAACUAUAGUGAAUAACAAGAUUAACAAGUGUAGUUUAUUGUGUAAAGUGUCGAAUGCUGCUGAGGUAGCAAAAGAGACAACAUUAGUAAAUUUCGGUAGAAGUGAAAAACGCUUAGGAAAAAAAAACAGUGUUUUUACCCCAUGUCUGAAAGGGUCGAUAGCCAACAAGUGGAGGACAUCGAUCAGCCCACUUUACACCGCCAGAAACGAUUAACGACUCAAGUGAUGGAUUAGGUCAGCGUAACCCGAAAAAUAACUCUGUGACUUCAGGCCUGGAAAUCUCGUCAAAACCCAUCGCUCAACUUAAAAUGUGACAGUGUGAAGCCCCUUAACGCCAUGGAGAAAGACUCUCACUACUGCUACGAGCCGUACCAAAAAAGCAACUCUUUAAAACGCGACACGAAGAAGAAAACUACUGAAUCGUGUCGUUGUUUCGGCAAAUCGCGCAAAUCACGCACUAAAGCCUUCUUCACAGGCUUGGCCACAAACCUAGGAAUAUGUAUUCUCCUCUUCGGAUAUACUCUCAUCGGUUCGGUCAUUUUCCUCGCCAUCGAAGGCGGUUCGACUUUUCAACACUCGACCCAAAUCUUAGCGACAACAUCCGGAAAGAAAUUUUUGAAUCAUAGUGCGGAAUUUAAAGCGAAGAAUGACGAAGCGAGAGCGAGAACUGUCGAAAAUAUUUGGGAUAUAACGGUGAAUCUGAAUAUACUGUACAGGGAUAAUUGGACGAGGUUGGCGGCGCAGGAGAUCACGAGGUUUCAGGAUGAGCUGUUGAAGAGUCUAGGGGAGGAGUUGGCGGCGCAGCCGGUGCAGGAGAAGGCGGAGAGGCGGGCAGGGGACUACGAGUGGACUUUUGCAAAAGCGUUUUUAUACUCGUUGACGGUGCUUACCACUAUUGGUUACGGCAGCAUCGCCCCCAGGACGACCCUUGGCAAAGCCGUCACCAUGGGCUACGCCAUGCUGGGCAUCCCCCUCACUCUUCUCUACCUUUCCAGCAUUGGGUCGAUCCUCUCACGUGUAGCUCGAGGGGUAUUUUCGCGCGCUCUCUGUUGUUGUCUUUGCUCAAAUUGUGGCUAUUGCUGUUACGACGAGAAACGCAUGGCCGAAAAAGAACGAAGAAUGAAGAAAAAGCGUCAACAAAUGGAACUUCAGCAACAAAUGGCCCUCCAAGAACCAUUUUAUGUCCGUUCUAACUCGAUCCAUAACAGUCUACACUCCCCUAUAAGGGACGGUGGCGUGAAAGAGAUUGACAGUUUGAGUACCGACAACGAAUCAAAGUCGUCAAUGCACGGAUUGAGCAUUUUGGCACCGAUUCUCCUAUGUUUAGCCAUGAUGUUUAUCUAUAUUUGUUUAGGGACUUUCGCUUUGUACAAAUUGGAAAACUGGUCGAUCCUCGAUGGGUUUUACUUCUGUUUUAUGAGUCUGACGACCAUUGGGUUUGGCGAUAUGGUUCCUGGGAGUGAUCCAUUUGGACGUGAAUCGAACACGACCAUAUGGUUCUGCUCAAUUUACAUAAUGUCAGGGAUGGCAUUGACUGCAAUGUGUUUCAAUGUCGUCCAUGACGAAAUCGUCCAUAGAUUGAAACAUCAAGAGAAAAUCACCCCCAAAGUGAAUUCGACAAGUUUUACCGACGAUUUAAAUUCGUCAGAUCCGUACAACAUGACAUCAUGACAGUUCAAUCCACAGAAAAAUAAUACUUUUUAUCACAGAAAUUUGACAGAAGAGACACUUUUAAGCACGGGGACUCCCACGCUCGAAACGCCGAAAAUACCCGAAGUGUUAGAACCGGUGAUGACUGGGGUUUACACUGUGCCAGAAUUACCCGAAGAGAAUGCGGAAGAUAACACCGAAAUGUAAACAUAUCACGACCAAAGAUAAUUAGGAUUUUCUUCCCAUUCCCCCCGAUUAUAAUUGUUAAAUUAAAUUAACUGUUAAAUUGUAAAUAAUUAAGAUGAAUUACUUACUGUCUAAUAGGUCAAACUGUAAUUUCGAAUUUGUAAAUACAUUAGCUGUAAUAUAACCACGAGACAUUCUUUGUACUCUGAUGAUGAAUUCCUAUGUUGUACGAAACGCUCUACUGUCUAGAAUGUUUUUAAUUCUAUGUAUGUAAGACUG